AGCAACAAGGCGGCUAGACAGCGGGGCCGGCGCGACUAUGCCGGUCACCGGGAAGACUUUCCGCCGGCGCCGGGUUGACUCGGAGUCGGAGGAAGAUGAACAGGACUCAGAGAGAUUAAAACUGGAAGAGACCCGAGAGGUGCAGAACUUGAGGAAGAGGCCGAAUGGGGUGAGUGCUGUAGCCCUGCUGGUGGGAGAGAAAGUACAAGAAGAGACCACUCUAGUGGAUGAUCCCUUUCAAAUGAAGACAGGCGGGAUGGUGGACAUGAAGAAGCUAAAGGAAAGGGGCAAAGAUAAGAUAAGUGAAGAGGAGGAUCUCCAUCUGGGGACGUCGUUUUCUGCAGAAACCAACCGAAGGGACGAGGAUGCCGACAUGAUGAAGUACAUUGAGACAGAGCUGAAGAAGCGGAAAGGGAUCGUGGAACACGAGGAACAGAAAGUCAAGCCAAAGAAUGCAGAGGACUGCCUUUACGAACUGCCAGAAAACAUCCGGGUUUCCUCAGCAAAGAAGACUGAGGAGAUGCUGUCCAACCAGAUGCUGAGCGGCAUCCCGGAGGUGGACCUUGGCAUCGAUGCUAAAAUAAAAAAUAUCAUUUCCACGGAGGAUGCCAAGGCCCGUCUGCUGGCAGAGCAGCAGAACAAGAAGAAAGACAGUGAGACAUCCUUCGUGCCCACCAACAUGGCUGUGAAUUACGUGCAGCACAACCGAUUUUAUCACGAGGAGCUCAAUGCUCCCAUACGGAGAAACAAAGAGCCCAAAGCCCGAUCCUUGAGAGUGGGGGACACGGAGAAGCCGGAGCCUGAGCGGUCCCCUCCCAACCGCAAGCGUCCUGCUAACGAGAAGGCCACAGACGACUAUCACUACGAGAAGUUCAAGAAGAUGAACAGGCGGUACUGAGGGAGGCUAAAGGGGAGAGGUGCAGAGUGGGAUGUAAAUAGUGUCAGUCACUCCCUUUAUCUCCAUGAUAAAGGCUUCCUGGACAGAAGCCUGCUCAUCAACUAGCAGACAGUUCCCCAAACAGACUCUGGCAGUCCUGCUGCUUACCUGAGGGAGUUUUCACGCACUGAAUUUGUAACCUUUUGAAACAAUGUGUAGUUUUCCUAUUUGGGGACAAACUCUAUUCUUGUGAGCAUUAUUAAAUCUCCUUUGUAAA